AUGCGCCUCCGCGCCGCCGCCGCCGCCCUCUGCCUCUGCCUGCUGGGCGCCUGCCGCCUUCGCCGCGGGCUGGAGGCCGCCGCCGUGCGCGGCCCGUCGGCGGCCGCUCCCCAGCGACCCUCGGCAGCCGCGCCUUCCUCCGCCUCCUCCUCCUCCGCCGCCGCCGCCUCCCCCUUCUCCUCCCCGCCGCGGAGGGACGGAGCUCUCCGCAACGGCACGGUGGUGCCGCAUCAUUACAUGGUGGCCCUGUACCAGCGGCUGGCCGCCCGGCGCGCCCCCGGCCGCCGCGCCGACACCGUGACCGGCUUCGCGGAGCGGGCGCGCAGCGAUGCCUCCCCAUCCGCCUCGGAGCAGCGAUACCUCUUUGACAUCUCCAGCCUGCCUGAGGCAGAGGAGGUGACGGCUGCCGAGCUGCGGAUCCUGCGCUCCCUCCCUGAAAACCGGAGCUUGGCGCUGUCCCCCGAAGGCUCCUUCCACCACCUCCUCCUCGGCACCUGCCCCAGCCGGGAGGGCGAGGAGCCCCGGCUGCUGGACUCCAGGGCUGCGGACGUUUUGGACACGGGCUCCUCCAGAUGGGAGGUGUUUGAUGUCCGGGAGGCCUUGCGAGAUCGGAGGGAGAGCUCGCUGUCGGGACAGCUGCUGUGCUUCGUGCUGAGGAUCGCCUCGGAUGGCUCGGGGCAGCUCCUGCCCCCCCGGCAGCUGGGCUUCGGCAAACCCCGGCCGCAGCCCCACGAGCGAGCCCUGCUCGUGGCCUUCUCCCGCACCCAGAGGAAGGAGAACCUCUUCAAGGAGAUCCGGGACAAGAUCAAGGCCCUGGGCAGCCCCCCGUUCCUGGAGCCCCCCGAUCCCGGCCAGGAGGCGUUCCUGAAGCGCAGGAAGAGGAGGACCACCAUUGCUGCCCGGUCUGGGGGCAGGGGCCACGGGAAGAAGGCGAAGACUCGCUGCAGCAGGAAGCCCCUGCACGUGAACUUCAAGGAGCUGGGCUGGGAUGACUGGAUAAUCGCCCCCCUGGAUUACGAGGCCUAUCACUGUGAGGGGGUCUGCGACUUCCCGCUGCGCUCCCACCUGGAGCCCACCAACCAUGCCAUUAUCCAGACCCUGAUGAACUCCAUGGACCCGGAGUCCACCCCCCCGAGCUGCUGCGUGCCCUCCAAGCUCAGCCCCAUCAGCAUCCUCUAUAUAGACUCUGGGAACAAUGUGGUUUACAAACAGUACGAGGACAUGGUCGUGGAGACGUGUGGCUGCAGGUAGCAAUUUCUGCAGCUCUCCCUAUCCCUCUUGGCCUUGCUCAGCAGCCCUGCCCAUUUUAUAUAUAUAUAUAUAUAAUAUAAAUAUAUAUAUAUAUAAAAUAUCUCUCUCUCUAUAUAGAUAUAUACACACAUACACAUUGUGGUGUGUGCCUUUACAAAAGCCAAGCUCAGAGCAGGUGUCCCCUGUCUUCCCUGGGCCGCCCUGGCCAUGACCCCAGGAGGGAUGGGGGAUGCCCCUCUGAGACUGAGGCUGCCACCAUCUCUGUGCCUUGCUGGGACCCUCCUGGAAAAGGGGGACAUACAGGCUGGCAGAGCCCACAGGGAAUGUCUCCUCAGCCUCUGAGCUCUGCCUGAUUCACUUGGUUUGCCUAAGUGGAGCUGACAACUUCUUUCCCAAAGGUUUUGGAAAAUGUCUAGCCAAAAUUGUCUUGGUUGGAAUCAUGACCUGGCGUGGGGGGGAGGUGGAGUGGUGUCUGCAGCAGAGGGAUUGGGUCAGCAUCAUCCUCUGGCUGUGGCAGUGGGAUGGAGGUGAGGUAGGAAUGCUCUUUUCUUUGAGUUAAAGGAGUUUUUCUGGCAGUCUUCAAAUUGCUGCCCUGGGUUUCCUGAUGGAAAAAGAAGAGAUCCCUGGGGAAAGGCAGGGGGUGGAGAACCUGUGGCUGGUGUGGGUUGUAAUCACUUGGUCCAGGCCUGUUUGCAGUGGGGAGAGGUUUGUGAAUCUGCUGGCAGAGACAGGAAUGAAGGAGAACCAGAGGCUAAAAGAGUCAGGUAUGAAGCAGAGGUUGUGCUCUUACAAAGAUGGGAUGGCCCUGGGAGGUGUUAGCUGGAGAUGCCUCCACUCCACAUGGUCAGAAGAGCUGGUUUUGUUGUCUGUGUCCUGCAGGAGGUACUGGCUGGUGAGUCCCCUCACUUUCCUGCACAAACUGCAUUUCCAAGGCAUACUGGAAACCCGGCAUCAGGCCCACAAGUCACACAGUCAUCCUGAACAUGAAACAAAGAUCCCAAGUUCCCUAGGGAAGAGCCAUUUUGCUUGGGUUCUUCUCUUUCCAAAUAAUUUCUAUAAACGCACUUAGCUCCACCCUAUCUUCCUUUGGCAUCGAUUUCCCAGGGAGCUGUGUCCCUCCCUGGAGUGCUCCCUGCUCCAUUAAAGGAGCUGGAUCCUCCAGGAACAGACUUUUCCCAUGCAGAGGGCUGAGUGCUGCCCUCAGGGACUGCUGUAUGAAGUGGGGUGCUUUGACGUUUGCUGAAAGGACUGCAGGGUUUUAGUAACUCAGGAGCUGAGUUAAUAAAUUACACCUUUAAACCAGAGAAGCUCUUCAUCCAUGCCAGGGUGUGCUUUGGAUGCUGGGAAGCUUUUCUGCUGCACCUCAGUGGGUUUUGGUACCAAACUUUGGCUUCCUGGGUGGCUUGGCUUAGACCAGAGAUGCAUUUGCCCAGAUUUGGUGUUUGAUGGCUUGUUUUUUUCUCAUGGCCAGGGUGUUAGUGUGUAAGCAUCAGUGCUUAUUAGCGAUGGUAGUUUGCCUUUGGAGGAGAAAAGUCCCUGCUGGAAAACAUGGGGUUUUUCCUUCAUAAAUCCAGUUGUCCUCCAUGACAGAGGUCUUCUGCUGGGAGGGCUGAGCUAGACCAGGGCAGAGAGGGGGUUGCCUCAAAGAUCUCUACUGAGAGCCAAAUAAUUUCAAAGAUCAGGAAAGACUUGGUGAGGUUCAACAGCCCCUUCCCCCCAAGUGCAUCAGUAGGAAGUAACUGUGUCCAUUGGAAACAGUGACAGAUCCACUGGGAUAACACUCCCAGCCUCCCUCCAUCCGUGCCCACAGAGCCUGCUCUGCAUCCUCAGGCUGGGCCAAGUGGUAGCUCAGAGGAGCGAGUGUGGUGCCCAAAAGUGUCAUGUACCUGCAUGUCUGACACCUGCAGAGCUCCUCUGGCUUUACAUCCGUGCAUCCAAGAGGAAAACCCAAUCUUCCUGCCUCAGCAUGAAUAUAAAUAUAUGCUAAUGAUGUACCUGUCUCCAGGGGGAUGCUCAGCCAUGGAGGUGGGGUGGGGAGGGGAGGAAGGAUCAGGUCCAUGCCGUGGCUUUUCUCCCUGUCAGCAUUUGGGGAGGCUGAGGUUCCUGAGUGGGUGAGGAGGGGUCAGCACGGGGGUUUGUGGAUUUCCUCUGCCCUUUGGCUUCAGCACAGCUGCUUGGGGAAGGAGGCUGGUGCAGCAGAGCUCGAGCUGCCAGAUUCUACAUCAGUUAUAAAGUUACCAAGCUUUGGAAGUACCUAAUUUUUAAAUUGCCUUGGUUGUUUGAUAGCUUUUCUCGCUGCUGAGACAAUUUUUAAAAUGGUUUUGUUUCUUUUACCCCCUCCCCUUCCUCCAAAUAUUUGUGGUAAAGGUUCAUGGGCAGUUCAAAUCCAAGCAAGAUACAUAUAUAGCUCCUGGCAGCUGCUGGUGGCUCUUGUGAGCCUUCACCAAAAGGUGUCCUGAGACCUGCUCCUGUGGUACUGUGUCCAAGGGGAGGUAAUGCCAGUGACUCCCAUUUUUGUGGGUUUGUUUCAGCCAGGGUUGCAGGGAGCAGGCAGAUGUCACCCACCUCAUGUCUGGAGGUGGCUGAUGGAGAGGAGGGUAAUAGGUUGGCUCUUGCAACUCUUCACCCCAGCCCCUAUUCUGGGGCAGUGCCCACUGCUGGGGCUUUUGUCCUGAACCCCAUGAUGGCUCUGCUGGUGCUGGGACAAAAGCAGUGGCUCAGUUGCUGCAGUUCCGUGGCCUGGAUCACUAGGAUAAAUGAGAGGGGAAGAUUUGGGGGAGCCCAGAGGCCGCUGCUGGCAGUGAUGCUGUCCAUGGUUUCACCCACUGGGAACCCAACUUGGCUCUCCUGGCUGUGGGCACCCUUGAACAUGAGUGCUUGGUCGGGGAGCAAACUUCAUCCCCCCGAGAGGAGCCCAGCAGUGCCGGGGCCUGUGCCAAGUGCCUUCUGUUCCUUCCCUGGGCAAACAGCCUCUGGAGGAUAAAGGAUGGAGCUGGAUCCUCUUCCUGCUUCUCUAAGGAGUCAGGGGAGGCAGCUCCCUGCCUAGGGCUGCUCUAGGUGAUGUGUAUGAGCAGGGCAGGGCUGGAGGAGAGUGGAUCUGGGGGCUUUGGUGGGGAACUGCUGUUCCUCCCAAGCGAGAGGAUCGGCUGCAGGGCUUGGCUGUGACGUUGCUCGUUGCUCCCAGAGGAAUAUUUCCAGAGCAAAAGCCACCACUGUCCCCGUCGUGAAUCCCUGCAUGAUGACUGCAAGGGCUGCCUCUCCAUCCCCAGGCAGAUUUGGAGAUUGCACCAAACAGUGGGACUGGUCUGGGGCAACAACCAUCAGAGGUAUUGCAAAUGUGUAGAGGUUUAGGUUAAAUAUUUGGGGAAAAAAGUCACAGAAAGUAUUAUAAAGCUCUGCCCAGGGAAGUGUAGUCACCAUCCCUCUGGAAGUGUUCAGAGACUGUGUGGAUAUGGCAGUUGAGAGACAGUUGAAUGGUGAAUAUGGUGGUGAUGUGGGGUUGAUGGUAGGACAUGAUCUUUUCCAACCUUAAUGAUUAAAUGAUUCUAAGUGGAAGUGGUGGGUGUGAAAGCCUUUCCCAGGCAAGGAGGUUCUCUCAGCUGAGUUGUUGCAGCCCUACACUGCUGGGGCAACACAGGGAUGUGUCUGUAGAGGGCAUGGAGCAGUGAAUCCUGCCUUUGGAGAGAGGUUGGUGGGGCACUGGCUGCAGGAUAGCAGUGGCCCAGCCCAGCCCCCAUCCUUGGAGCUGCUUCUCCAAAGAAAAUCUCUGGCUCUAAUGCCAAAGGAAAGGCCCAGAAAAAAUGUAUUUCUGAUCAGUUGCUUCUUGCCUGAGCUGAUUUUUGGGCACAUGUAAACUUUAUAAAUAUGAGACUAGAGGUUGAACAUGGACAAAUAUUAAUUCAGCAAUCUCAGAGUGAUUUUAAUGGAUAAUUAUAGGUUCUCAAUCUGCAGUAUUUAUACAACCUUUCGAGUUAAAAAAAACCCCAACAGUUUCCAUGCAGUGCAUAUUCUACUGGAGGAAUUGUUUGACCUUGAGCACCAUUUUUAUCUGCAGGAUAUAAUUACACUGAAACUAGAAAUAUUGAGCAUUUGAAAAGGACUCUAUCCAUGCCUAACUGGCUCCCUCCUCUCUGACAUGGGAAUGUAAUUGCACAGGAGUAGGGAAACUUGCAGAGUGAUCUAAUUUGACUUAGAAGCACUGGGGCUGGGAUUUGGGGAAACUUGCCCAGUUGGGACAGGGAGUGACAGGUCUAUGUGCCUUAUCUGGGGGUUCUUCGAGCUUGUGCUCAAGCCAUUGCCUUCAGGAACAGUCAGAAGCAAAAUUGCUUUAUUCCUUGUUUAACCCUGGUCACCAGGGCUGCUUCUGGUCUAGAAAUAUUUCCCAAGAAUCACAGAUUUUAUUUUU